AUGGCCACCUCCACCCUGUCUGUCUGCUCCAGCGACCUGAGCUAUGGCAGCCGCGUCUGCCUGCCCGGUUCCAUUGACUCUUGCACCGACUCCUGCCAGGUGGAUGACUGUCCAGAGAGCUGCUGUGAGCCCUCCUGCUGCGCCCCCAACUGCUGCCAGCCCUUCUGCUGUGUCCCAAGCUGUUGUCACUGCUGUGCCCCAACCCCCUGCCUGACUCUCGUCUGUGCCCCAGUGAGCUGUGUGUCCAGUUCUUGCCAAUCAGCCUGCACCAGCUCCUGCAUACCUUCAUGCUGCCAGCAGUCUAGCUGCCAGCCCUCCUGCUGCACCUCCUCCCCCUGCCAGCAGGCGUGCUGUGUCCCUCUCUGUUGCAAACCUGUUUGCUGCACACCCAUCUGCUGCACACCUGUCUGCUGCAAGCCCGUCUGCUGCACCCCCUGCGCCUCAUCCUGCUGCAGACCCUCCUCCUGCGUGUCCGUCAUCUGCCGCCCUGUGUGCAGACCCUCCUGCUGCGUGCCUGUCUCCUCCUGCUGUGCCCCCUCCUCCUCCUGCUGCCGGCCCAGCUGCUGCCGCCCGGCCUCCUGCGUGUCCCUCAUCUGCCGCCCUGGGUGCUCUCGCCCGGCCUGCUGUGUCCCUACUUCAGCCCAGAAGUCCUGCUACUAA